UAUAAAUAUAGAAAUCAAAUUAUACGAAACUACAAGAUGAGAAUACUUUUCGUUUUGAGUUGCAGCUUGUUCUUCGCGGUGAUAAAUGUGAAAGGAAUCCAUGUUCCUAUUGGCUCUCCCGAAGAAAUAGUUUUGGAUGCAGGCCCAGACAUUCUUCUUCCUGAAGCAGAAAUACAUCACGAGCCCAACGAGCCUCUAGGACAUCCCGAGUAUGGUUAUGGCGGCUAUGGGGGUUACGGUGGGUACGGAGGAAAAGAAGAGUGCCAAGAUAAGAAAAGUGAAGGAUUUUGUGGAUGGGUCGUCAGUACUAAGAAAUGCCACAAAAAGAGGAACAGAAAAAACUGCAUGAAGAGUUGUGGAGUUUGCCAAGAUGAAUGCAUGGACACCAGCUACAAUUGCUAUUUGGCUAAUUCAUUCCGCUGCGCCAGUUACCUUUUCGCGUAUGGCUGCAAGAAAUCUUGUCAUUUAUGUUCAGUCGAGGUGACUACUGCUACACCAGAAGAAGAAUGCAAAGACAUAAUGUUCAACUGUGAAACCGCGACCUCAUUCAGGUGUGCAGUAUAUUGGUUCAAGAUGGGAUGCAAGAAGACGUGUGGCUUAUGUGAAACUACUACGACAAAUUCACCCUCAACAACAACAACAACAACCACAACAACUCCAGAACCCACAACCAUACCCGAAGAAACCACAUCUGCAGGUUGCUACAAUCAGCGAGACGAUUGUGACGACUUUUUUGAUUGGUAUUGUGAAAUAUCUAUCAUAAAAGAAGAAUGUCAAAAGUUCUGCGGAGUGUGUGGCACCAAUCAGACAGCGACAACCACGAAGACGACAAAACAAAACAGCACAACUUCUUCAACUCAGAUUCCCACAACUUUCACACAGACAGAAAUCCCGAUGACAGCAAACACUACGUUGACAACGAAGUUGAUUGCCAGAUGCUUUACAACUGAACCUACGACCACGGAAUACGUACCUCCAAAAACUACUGAAUCUUCUGUGGAAAAAGAAACCACGCCAGAACCGGAGCCAACUGAACCUACACCAACUCCACUAUGUAUCGAUCAGGAUCCAAAGAACUGUCAUACUUGGGAAAGUCUUGGACUUUGCUAUAAUCCGAAAUUCAAAGGUAACAUGGAGGAACUCUGUCCCCUUUCCUGUCAACUUUGCUAAACAUUUUGAGGGGAAAUGACACUGUCUCGUACAAUAUACAUAAUUAUAUUCGUCUGCCUAUCUGCAAAAGUGAGCUCCCGAAGUAUGUUUUCCAAGAUGGCGUACAACCUGAACAUAGUAUGUGUAGCGGGUUAGGGUUCAGGUUGUGCGCCAUCUUGGAGAACAUACUUCGGGAGCGCCUGCAAAAGUUUGUUAGAAUUAUUGUUUAUCCAAGUAAAAAUUUGACUUAUAUUCUCUUUCAUUCGUUGAAUAAAGUUCAAUUUCAAUAUUGUUUUUACAAUUUCUGCAAAGUAUUGGAAAGAUUUCUCCAUAUCCAUGUAUUUCUUGUUAUUAAUCCGUGUAUUUAUGUAACAAAAAUCAAAUGAAUAUAUUUGAUCCUUCAAUAAAAAUUACGUAUUGAAUUCAAGUCAUCCAAACGCCCUAAAGGGAAGAGGUGGAUAUUAAUAAUUGCCAAAUAUAGAUUAUAGAAAUAGUUAUAUGCAUUUAAUACAUACUUUUAAAUACUAUAAAUUUAAGAUUCAAAUGUAUAAAAAUGAAACAAUUGUUUUUCACAAUAUGUCUGAAAUUUUUGGGUCAAGAUUUUUAGUGAAGUCAGGCAGGUUACUGCUAAAAAUAUAUUUCAUUUGGUAAGAGUAAAACACACCCCAUGACGCCAGUUCACAUCACAAAUUUUUUGUUUACGAAUUUUAAUUUUGCGUUUUGGUUUGAAUAAAAGUUAAGUUUAUCUU